CCAAGAUGGAGUCGCAGCCGGCGGAGCGUGAGCUCCAGCGGUUUUACCACCAGUUGCUGAGUCCGCUGUCGCUCUUCCCGCCACGCAAGGCGACGCCCCCGGAGCCCCAGAAACCGCACAAGCCCCGCCCGCAGGAGGGUUCGCUUCUGCAGGCCGUCCCGUACGCGAAGCUGACCGUAGCCUCGCUGUGCAGCCAGGUGGCCAAGCUGCUGGCCGGCAGCGGGCUGGCGGCGCGGGUGCCCCCCGAGAGCCGACUCCGUUUCAUCCAGGUCAUCCUGAACGAGCUCAAGUGCAGCUGGCGGGAGCCUCCCGCCGAGCCCAGCCUCAGCUACACCGCCAACCAGAGGCUGCGGAAGCGGCUCGAGGCCUACGUGCUGCUCAGCAGCGAGCAGCUCUUCCUGCGCUACCUGCACCUGCUGGUGGCCAUGUCGACCCCCUCGGGGAUCUUCACCGAGUCAGCCAACCUCACCCGGCUGGCCGCCAGCCUUGCCAGGGACUGCACCCUUUUCCUCACCAGCCCCAAGGUCUACCGUGGCCUGCUCGCCGACUUCCAGGCCCUGCGGCAGGUGCAGCAGGCAGAGAAGCCGCGCCCCGUCUGCCCGGUCGUCCCCGGGCCUCACAGCACGGGCUUCGGCCAGGUGCCCUGCUCUGACCUGACGCUGAGCUACCUCAUCCAGCUCAGCCGCCCGCCGGAGCUGCUGAGUGAGCCGGACGUGGACCCAGUGAAGGAGCUGAAGUCCAUCCCGGAGCUGAAGAGGCGGAAGCCCCUGCGCUGGCUGCCCUCCCUGAGGAAGCAGAGAGAGCUGGAAUCAAGCCUCUCCCAGCGUGAGCCGGCGCCCAGGCGUUCCACGACGCCCGCCCACAGGGCGCCCCCCACCCGCGCCUCUCCUCGCAGCCUGCGGCUCCCGAGGGGCCAGUCCAUGCCCUGCCUGCGCAAGGGCUGGAAGCUGGCAGAGGAGCUGGGGCUGCCCCCGCUGCCCGCCCGCCCUUUGACUCCGCUGGUGUUGACUGUAGAACGCCAGCCCGAGCUGACUGGCGAUGUCGUGGCUCACGAUCUGAAGCAGAUGAUGAAGAACAUGACCUUGGAGUGGACGCGCUACCGAAAGGCGGACCUGGGGCUGCCCCUGCUCCUGCGGGUGGCCACCCGCCGCCCAGCCGCCGCCCAGUGCCUGGAGGAGCUUCAGCGGAUGCUGGGAAGCCUCCAGGAGGAAGAAGCCUCCAGACAGUGGGACCUCCAGGCCCCCAGGGGCCCCCCACUGCACCCGCAGCCAGUGACCGUGGCCGUGAAGGUGGGAAGUCAGUUGGUGGUGCAGGUAGCUGCCGUGCGGCUCUCUGAUCGGAACGUCUUGGGUUCUUUCCACGUCGAGGAGGCUGGAGUCCUGUAUAACCACCUGGCUGGCGAGCUGGAUCCCAAAGUCAUGGAAGAAAUGGAUGCUGACCCCUUUGUCGGCAACAGCACCGGGCAGAUCUACGCGGAGCUGAUGAGCCGCGUCUCCACCGACCACUUCCGUCUGGACCAAGGGCCCCUGAUCGAGCCUGCGGCAGACAGAGACUGGUCAGCCUUCCUCUCCUCCUGCUUGCUACACCAGGACAAGAAGUUCCGGGUCAUCAACCCUGAGCUGGCCGAACUUUACUCCCAGAGAGCAGACAAACAGAAGCCCAGCCCCGCCAACGUGCCCACCUUCAAAUCGCCCCUGGUGAGCAAAACCUGGGGGAAGCGGCUGAAGAAGGACUCGUGGGUGAACUGGUGGAAAAACGCCCUGUCCGUGGACGACUACUUCAGCUACCUCUCCAGCCGCGAGACGGAUUUCCUCCAUGUCGUCUUCCACAUGUACGAAGACGAGGCCCUCGCGGAGGCUGCCGUGCCUGUGCCGCAGGCCCUGGAGAUUCAGCGCCCUCCCCCCUUGGUGGCAGACGACGAGCCAGACUUUGUGCCAGGACAGUGGAACUGGAGCACGGUGCUGAAGCACAGGCUAGGGGCCGGGAAGACCCACCUCCUGGGAGAGCCCCACAAGAUCCUGAGCUUGCAGAAGCGACUGGAACAGCUGUGGCUUGUGCUCGAGGUGCCGGCCCAGGACCGGCUGAGCAUGGCCAUCAAGUACAGCUCCAACGCCCGCCUCCGGCAGCUGCCCUUGUUGGUGAGUGCCUGGGAGCGGGCCCUGAAGCCCAUCCGGUUCCGGGAGAUGCUGCUCGGGCGGCUGGAGUGGUUUGAGCGACAGGCCUCCGACCCCAACCGCUUCUUCCAAAAGAGCGACUGGGGCCUGAGCCACCUCCUGGAGGAGGGUCAGUUCCGCAGCCACCUCCGCCGGAAGCUCAGGCUGCUGGAGGCGGCGCUGGUCGUCCUCCUGGAAGAAAUCGAGUCCGUCUUUGGGGAGCCGGUGACCUUCAAGGGGCGGCGCUACCUGGACAAGAUGAAGCGAGACAAAGUGGAGAUGCUCUACUGGCUGCAGCAGCGGCGGCGGGUUGGCCACGUGGUCCAGGCCCACAGGGCCUCCCACCGGUCAGCCCUGCUCAGGAGGCACCGGGGCCAGCCUUUGGUAACGCCCAGGAAUACGCCCGUUACCCUCUAGCCAGGCCCGGUGCCCGCAGGUCCCUCCUUCACCCGCCCCCCACAAACACCCGGCAACUCGGCCAAACCUCUCGACAGCUUUGGAAGAGGAAAUCAUGGGUUUGGCUCUCUGGGAGUGCAGGGUUCGGGAAUACCGUGCCUUCAGCUUACAAAGCCAGGGAGAUAAAGGCUCUUUGGACACUGAAGUUCUUGUAAGAGAAUCCCCAAGCCCAGGAUUCCCCUUUAUGUCAAGCCUUGCAGAAUACAACCAAAAUCAAAAUCUAUUAAAAGAACC